AUGUCUCGUUUGUCGAUCCUACGAGCGGCAGUCCCUCGCGGGAUUCGUUCAUACUCGGUAGCCCGGUCAGAACGCUCGCGCGAACCAGGCCGCGAGCUGAAACUCCUCCACUACGUGUACAGCCAGCCCGACCUAGACGCGAUCCGCGGCCACCCACGCAAAGUGCUGGAUCUGAUCGAGCGGUUCGGCGAGGAGUAUCAAUACCACUUCAUGAACGUCGGGCGUCCCAAGGGCCGCAUCGUCACCGACCUCAUCGCCGAGCUGCGCCCGCAGACCAUGCUCGAGCUGGGCGGCUACGUCGGCUACUCGGCCAUCCUGUUCGGCGACGCCGUACGACGCAACGGCGGCACCCGCUACUUCAGUCUCGAGUUGAACCCAGAGUUUGCCGCCAUAUCCAACAUGCUCGUCGAGCUGGCCGGGCUGCGUGACCUCGUCCGCAUCUGCGUCGGACGCAGCGACCUCUCCCUGCACAGGCUGUACUCCAGCCAGACCGUCCGCCACGUCGAGCUCAUGUUCCUCGACCACUAUAAACCCGCCUACACCUCCGAUCUCCAGCUGUGCGAGCAGUACGGCAUGGUGUCUCCGGGCUCGGUGCUUGCCGCCGACAACGUCGUCCGCCCGGGAAACCCGCCGUACCUGGAGUACGUGCGCAGCUCGGUCGAGCAGAAACGGCAGGCCGCACAGCAGAAGCUGCAGCUGCAGCAGGGGGGCAAGAAUUUCAACACCACCGGCUUCUCCGACCGCGUCUUGGCCUCGUAUAUGGGCAAGGACUCGGCCCCGGCCUUUGAAGUCGUCGGCAACCCGAAUCUCAUUUACCGGAGCGAGCUGGUCCAGCCGGAGGGAGAAGACGUGAGUUAUCCUGGACCCAGCACUUUUUAUUAUUGGCUUUGA